UCCUAGACGCACACACACUCACACACGCAUGGGAUUCGGUGACUGCAAUACCGUACAACGCGAUAUGGCACCUGCUCGGCCAGCCUUCCUUUCCUUUCGGAAACGAUGGCGAAUGGCGGCAAUGGCGGCGGGCAGGCACACGAGUUUGCUUCUGCUCUUCUCCUUCAUUGUCUGCGGUUUUCCUUUUUCCCUUCUCUUUCUUUUUAUUCCCUCCUCAGAUCGAAAGCUUGUUACCUGGGACGCCGGCGGGUGGAUGGGCAUUUGCUCGUGCCUGCGGGCGUGACGGGGAUGGCGGGGCCUGCGGGCAUAGCCCCCCGCUUUGCUUAUUUGCUUGCUUGCUUACUUGGGCCUAUUUUUCUUUCGAGGCGCGUGCGCGCGUGCUCGGCAUACUGGGGUGGUUAAUAAAUGGAUGGACGGGCUAGGGGCACGGGUGGGGCCUACAUACAUACGUUAUGUAGCAGAGCCUGCCUCGCUCCAUGUGGAGGACACCUGAGGCAUAGUCUAACUGGUACUAGUGGCGUUUGCAUGCAUUGAGCGUGAGGGUGAUGGAAGCUUUGUCACUUGUUUGUGUGAGGGUGAAUGGUUU